AUGGCGGCCACACCACUUCCCUGUUGCGACCGCACAACUUGGGAGUGGGGAAUCCGGGACCCCGCGCAAGACCUGGGGCGCAGUCCGCGCGUGGGGAGCCCACACUCGCAUUUCGAAGCCCGUGAUCAGCCCGGUCGCGCCGCGGGCGCGAGGCUCUUCUUUGGCCCGCAGCAGCCCCGGCGGCGCGACAAGCUCGGGAGCGGGCAUGCGGCCGGUUCCGCAGCCCCGCGCCGCGCCGCGCCCUGCUCCGCCCGCGAGCCCCGAGCUCGCGCCCCGCGCACUCCGCGGCCUGCGCGUCUGGUCCUCCCGCGCCCUCCCGCGGCCAGGGGCGGGGGCGGCGCGCGGCCGGCUCCCCGGAGCUCCGCGGACGCAGGCGGGGAGCGUGCGCGGGGGUCCCGUCUGCUCUGGGGGUACGGCUGCGAGGGGCGGCGCCCCGCGGGCCGCGCUCGGGCCCGGCUCGGCCGUCCCCACCCCACCGCGGUGCACUGCGGCGCGGAGAGCCGGGCGGCCAUGAACUCGGCCGCGGAGCGCGCGCGCGGGCCGCCGCCUGGCCUCUCCCCACCCGCUCGCUGGCCUGCGCGGUCCCCGGGGCGCUCGGCCCCCACGCCCAACCGCGGCCCACGCCCGAUCCUGCUCGCACCGCGCUGCGCCGCCACAUCCUGCAGCUGGCUGCUGCCCGAGCUCGGCGGGAACGCGCCUCCUCUCAGCCGCCCCGCCGCGCCCGCCGCCGGCUGCCCCGCGUCCCCGCGCCCGCCCCGGCCCUUUCCGCACCCGGCCCGCGCUUACCUGCAGCUUGGCACAGCUACAGACGCUCGCCGUGGGCUCCCGCGUUCGGCAGCGCGCAAGCCAGGACGGGAUGGACGUGGGGGCACGGUGCAUCCCUCUCUAGACAUGUUCCAGAACUAGGUUGCACUUGAUGCUUCCAUGGAGAGAUCAGAUGGGCUGGCAAUGUCAGCACAUCCAUGUAAGUUAUAGGUCCGAUGCUGUUGAAACCUUGUAUCCUCUGUGCGGCACUUCCUGAUCCUCUUUACAUGCCCUCAGGCCCACGACCUGAGAAGUCCCUUUAGCUCCCACAUUUUCUGCUCCACCUGCAAUACUGGCAGUUGGAUUGAGCUAUCGUUGCUCCUAAGUGUCACUUCUGCUGCUCUGUCACACUUCUAAGUCUUGUGUCAAAUCACGUGAAUAACAUCUGAAAUUAGGGCAGGACCGUGGACUUAUGGGAAGAUGGAGAAGAAUGCCUGUACCAGGCACAUAAGUAAACGUGAAGGAAUGCUAUGACCGCCUCUUAUUUUCUAAAGGACAUCCUAUUGAGCCUCAGCUGUAAUAUUAACCAAUACUGGUUUCAUGUCUCCCAAGGUGUUUUAAUACACAUCCUCAAACUUUUAUUUUUUGUGCAGGCAUGUUUUGCCUGCCUGUGUGCAGCACGUCGUGUGCCUGCCUGGUGGCAGUGCAGGUCAUUCAGAAGAGGGUGUCAGAUCCCCUGAGACUGGAUCAGGAUAAUUGUUAUUCACCACAUGAGUUCUUGGAGCUCAACCUGGGUCCCCUGCAAGAGAGCAGAAAGUGCUGCAAACUGCUGGGCCACAGUUUUGGCUCCCACUCAUGUCUACUGAUGCACACAAUAGCACUGGUGUUGGUAGGUUUGGGGAAAGACUUGUGAUGUCAGGCCUCGAUUUUAUUAUGUGAGUGUAUGUGCGUAUGUGCACAUAGAGGGGCUAGUGCAUAUGAGUGCUUAUGCCCCUAGAAGCCACAGGCAUUGAAUCCCCUGCAGCCGUAGCU